AUGCCGAGAACUACGCCUCCGCUUACCAUAUCUGCGUCCCCUUCCCCCCCUGACACCCCCUUCCCGGCGCCCGCCCUGGCCAGGGCGAUCGCGGACGAUGUGCGCGCGCGCAAUUUGCGCCCCGUGUUCGAGGCGCUGAUUUCGCGCCUGCGCGACCCCGCGGAACUUGAUUCGGUUGCGCGGGACGUGCGCACGCUGCUGGGGGAAGGGGAGAAAGGGGGCGCGGGGGGGAGUGGAGGCGGGAGCAAGAGCGGAAGCGGAAACGGGGAGGAGAAAGAAGGCGCAGCGGAUGGGGCGAAGGCCAAUGAGGACCCCUUGAAUGCAUUCGUGGCAGCAUUCCUCCACGUGGUGUUUGAAACGGACUUGCUCGCUCAGAAGAUCAGCGUCGUUCCUUUUAUGCGCCUCGUGCCAAGGUUACCAGACGCGGCAAAGGUCAAGAUGAGAGACACGCUUAUCCCCAAGAUUCUCAAGUUCCUGACGAUCAAGCGGCCGCCCGAUGCCAGCCGGGCGGAGUUUUUUGUCCAUGCUGAGGCGUUUGCCGCCCUCGUGCACCUCGAGUUUGUCUCCAUUCAGGGUGCCGUCACCACCAUCCUCACGUUGCUACGCAAGCCAGACAACCGCUGUGCUGCAAUGACCAUGCUGGGGAAGACUGUCGAGCUCUGCGCCCCCCAGCUCGUGGCUCAGGGCGAUCCAGGCAAGAUGGAGGAGCUGAGGAAAGCCGUCUUGGGACUCCAGGAGGAGGCAUUUCGCUAUGACGUAAAUUACGUGAGGGACAGCCUCGGCUGGUCAGACAACCCAAUUACCACCUCUCCUGCUCCUGCCGCUACAGCCGCUCCUCCCGCCGUUUCCCCCGCUACAGUCGCUCUUUCUGCUGGUGCUGCCGCUACAGCCGCUCUGGCAGCAGCUGGAUCCUCCCCAGCUCCCCUCUCCGCCCCCCUCCCCCCAUCUCACACCCCCCUUCCGCCCUCGCAGCCCCCACUCCCCUCGUCUCAGCUCCCCUUUCCCCCGUCUCAGCCCUCCCUGCCCCUAGCCCAGCCUUCCAGACAGUCUCCUAUGGCAGUUACCGCCCCUCCUCCCCUCAACCCUCCUCACACCAUCCUGGCAGUGGGGGUGGACGGCAGCAGCAGCAGGGCGACAGCAACACUCCACCAUUCAUCCCUGUUCCCCGUGUGUGUCUCCCUUGUUCUUCCCAUCAGCCAUGCUGGUCCCACUCGACUCCCACCACGGGCAUCAGCACACCAUCCUGGCAGUGGGGGUGGAUGGCAGCAGCAGGGCGACAGCAGCAACACACCAUCCAUUCCAACCCCACCGCCUGCCUCCCCUGUGUUUGUCCCCCAUACUCACAGCCAUGCUGGUCCCGGUCGACUCCUAUCACGGCCAUCAGCACACCAUCCUGGCAGUGGGGGUGGAUGGCAACAGUGGAGCGACAUGGAGUGCGGCGAUGGACGGCAGUCUCAUCAUGUGGGGGGGCGACGGCAAGGUGGGGAGCGGUGGGGUAAGGUGAGUGAAGUUGGGGCAAGGUAUGCAUGGGGAUGGCAGUGGGGGUGGACGGCAGCAGUGGGGCGACCUGGAGUGCAGCGAUGGACGGCAGCCUCAUCAUGUGGGGCGGUGAUGGCAAGUGGGGCGACCGGGAGUGCGGCCAUGGACGGCAGUCUCAUCAUGUGGGGUGGUGAUGGCAUUGUGGUGGAAGGUUGUGCGGUCUCAAGGGAGGAAAGGCACUCCCAGGUGGAUGGCAGUCUCUUCAUGUGGCCCCUCCAGUCUCUCCUGCUUGGCUCACACUACGUCUGUGGCAUGAACCUCCUAUACUCGCCCUCCUCCCUGCAUGCUCCUUGUCACCCUUUCCCCGUCUGUCUCUCUGCAUCUCUUCCCUUCUUCCGCCUCCGCUUCCCCGCACUCCCUACAGCCCCGUCAGUCCCUUCUCUUGGGUUCACACUACGUGACGACAUGAGCGAGGGUCAACCAGCCGCCAACCCCGUUGCGCCUUGCAUCCUGCAACUCACAGGGGACGAGGGGGCGGGGGGAGGGGGGGCGGGAGGGGGAGGGGGAGCGGGAGGGGGAGGGUGGCAAGUGACGGGGCGGCUUGAUCGCAACCAGACGAGUGUGAUAUCAUGUAUCAAGGCCAUCGGCGUUCACCCGGACAUGGCAUUCAUCACAGCCGAGAGCAUGGCUGCAUCCGACGGCUCUCCUGCCUCCCCCCGCGACCGCAUCUGCUGCUACGACCUUACAGGGGCGCCAUUCUCCAGCCUGCACCCCGUCAGGCAAUACACAGAGCACGAGGUGUGUGCAAGAGAGCUACUCUUCUGUGUAUGGCCUUCCUCGCUUGCAUCUUCCUUCCCUCUCCUGCCUCCUCUCGUGACCGCAUCUGCUGCUACAAACAGGCAGGGGCGCCAUUCUCCAGCCUGCACCCCACAAUACACGUUUGGGCUCGAGGUGGGUGCAAGAAAGCUGUCGCGCGACCGCAUCUGCUGCUACAACCUGGCAGGGGCGCCCUUCUCCAGCCUGCACCCCGUCAGACAGUACGCGGAGCACGAGGACCUCAUCACGUGUCUCACAGUCUUCCCCCCCAACCCCAACCUCUUCCCCUCCGCAUUUCUAAUAUCAACCCCACUACGGAAACCAACCCCCCUUGACCUCGUUUCCCUUCCUUCCCCGCUUUGCCCAUCCCAGGACCUCAUCACGUGUCUGACAGUCUUCCCCCCCAACCCCAACCUCUUCGUCUCUGCCUCCCGGGACGCCACCAUUCGCCUCUGGGACCGCCGCACUUCCACCGCUGUCGGUGCAUGCCACUGA